UCCUCUCUUUAAUGUUUCCACUCACUAUUUACAGUCCACUAAAUUUACAAAUUAUUAUUGUUUUUGCUUUGGGUUGUUUCCAUUUUCUAGAUAAAGUUGAAGGAAAUUCCGGGUUUUGUUUUGGAAUGUUGAUGAAAGAGGUAGUUUGGUCGUGAUGACGGGGAAAGCGAGUUUACAAGCGACACUUUCGGGGUGGUAUCCACCGGAUGUUAAUCUCAAGCCGACGAAGAACCGAAGGACACGUAAUACGAGGUGCAGGCCGCCGAAAACGCCGUUGUUGAAAUGGGAGAUGGAGAAGAACGACGGCGGAGUUGAGGAGGAGCUCGAGGAUGAAGAGGUUGGAGAUCGGAGACGGCGGAGGAAAGGAGCUUCGACGGUUUCUGCGAGGAAGCUUGCAGCUGGAUUGUGGAGGUCGCAGUCGCCGGGUACGGUGACGCCUGGUGAUGGAGAGAGGAGGAGGGAUCAGAUAGGGGUCAAGGCCGGUAUCGAUUUCAUCGGUUCCCCAUUAGUUCAUCAUCAUGAGGACAGAAUUCAUGGUUCAAAUGCAAAGGAUCCGUUGCCGAGCCCUGCUUCUGUCUCUGGCACAAAGAAUGGUCUCCUGCACAAGAUUGAGCCUUCGAUCCGAUAUUCGAACUCUGCAAUGGAGGGAGCAACAAAGUGGGAUCCGGUCUGCUUAAAAUCAACAGACGGGGAGAUGGAAAUUUACAGCCAAAUGAAGCAUAUUGACCAACAAGCAAGUGCAGAAUCAGUUGUUUCUGCCCUUGAGGCUGAACUAGAACAGGCUCAAGCUCGAAUUGAGGAGCUUGAGAGGGAGCACCAGUCCUCAAAGAAGAAACUUGAGCACUUCUUGAGGAAAGUUAGCGAGGAAAGGGCAGAGUGGCGGAGCAAAGAGCACGAGAAAAUACGUGCAUUCAUCGAUGAUGUCAAAGCUGACUUGAAUCGAGAAAAGAAGAAUCGCCGGAGGAUGGAAAUUGUCAAUUCGAAAUUGGUGAACGAGCUGGCUGCUGCAAAGUUAUCAGCCAAGCAAUAUAUGCAGAGCUAUGAAAAGGAAAGAAAGGCCAGAGAACUGGUCGAAGAAGUAUGUGAUGAGCUUGCCAAGGAAAUUGCAAAAGACAAGGCUGAAGUGGAAGCAUUAAAGAGAGAUUCCGUGAUGCUUCGAGAGGAAGUCGAUGAGGAAAGAAAGAUGCUGCAGAUGGUCGGGAACUGGCGCGAAGAUUGUGCUCAGAUGAAACUCAUUGAUGCAAAGAUAGCCCUCGAGACGAGGUACUCGCAAAUGAACAAACUUGUAGCAGAUUUGGAGACUUUUCUCAGGUCAAGGACCGGAACUCUGGAUCCGAAAGACAUGAGGGAAGCAGAAUCACUUAGACAGGCUGCGGUCUCAGUUAAUGCCCCAAACCUGGAUGACAUUUUAGCUGUUUUUGAAGAUGAAGCUUUACCUGAAGCCAGUGAAACGGAAAUUGAGUCCUGUGUUGCAUAUAGUUCUGCCAGCUACGCCUCAAAAGUUCACACGGCGAGUCCCGAAAUAAGUAUGACAAGAAAAGGCGGCUUUCUGAGACAUUCAAGUGCUAAUGUUGAGAAAGAAGAUGAGAGUGGAUGGGAAACUGUCAGCCAUCUUGAGUACCCGAGCUCGAGUUGUUCACCAGGAGGGAAUGCUGCAUCUGUAAAUAAGACUAAUUGGCACAACUAUUUCUCAAGUACUGAAACUGAAGGGGGACUAUGUUCUUUGCCUGAUGGACAGUUGAAGAAGGUUUCUUCCAUGGCAAGGCUUUGGAGAUCAUGCCAAAAGAAAGUAGAAAAAUACAAAACAAUCUCUGUAGAAGGAACAAACGGCAGGCUUUCGAAUGGAAGGAAGUUAAAUUGGGGCAUUAUGUCCCCGGAUCAAGAGUCCAUUAACGGCGGUUUCAGUCCCUCAGAAAUGGUGGGACGGUGGAGCUCACCUGACUCCACUCAUCCACACAUAACAAAAACGUGCAGCGGAUCGUCUGGCGGUACACAGACAAGUAGUUUGAAGGCAAAGCUUUUGGAGGCGAGAACCGAAACUCAGAAGGUCCAAUUACGACAUGUUCUUAAACAGGAGAUUUAGAAGUAGAUGGUGAUUUGAACAGGUUAGCUUCUGCCAUUUGUACUGUAUCCCAAGGAUCCGAGGGUAUCAAGGAAUACAAGUUCAAGGUAACUGAAUUAAGAACAUUUAUCAUUUGUAAUGCUUUGUUUUUCCUUUCUGUAAUUCUGUUCAUAAGAGAUGUUUCUUUGGAUUUCUUAUGGAUAAAAAACAAGAAUCAUAACAUUGUUCUCUGAUAGAUUGGGUUACUAUCUGCAGCCAACCA